AUGGCUGCACGCCGCUCUUUGCUCUCCUGCUUCCCGAAGGGAAGCCGAGCUCAACAGUCCAGCUCCUCCUUCCUCGACACCUUUGCGCAACAACAAUCGCGUUACCGAACCACCAACUCGACCUCGGCGCUCGCCUAUAAAGCACUGCACCGUCGCUCGCCUCUGCCCCUUCCUGUCAACGAUGCCUCCCCGUCGUACGGUGCUGCGGCAGCCGUGAGCUCUAUCCUCUACGAAACUCCCCAGAUUUCGCAGGCCCCAGCCAAGAAGCACAUCCUCAAUUGCCUUGUUCAAAAUGAGCCUGGUGUGUUGUCGCGCGUUUCCGGUAUUCUGGCUGCCCGUGGCUUCAAUAUCGACUCGCUCGUUGUCUGCAAUACCGAAGUUCAGGAUCUUUCGCGCAUGACCAUCGUGCUACAAGGUCUCGAUGGAGUCGUUGAACAGGCUCGGCGACAGCUCGAAGAUUUGGUACCUGUUUGGGCUGUUCUGGACUACACCUCUGCUGCGCUUGUGCAGCGUGAGUUACUGCUCGCCAAGGUUUCGAUUCUAGGCCCCGAGGUUUAUGAGGAGCUCAUGGAGCAUCACCGCGAGAUGACCAGUCCAAGCGAGCAACCGUCUGAAGAGGCAGAUCAGGCUGAGGAAAAUGCGGAGAAGAGGCUUCAAGAGCUAGAGGAGAAUCAAUCGAAAAAGGAAAAUAGUCUCGUACAGCAAGCGAAGGAGAUGUUGGGACGUGCAGAAACGUAUCAUCCGAACAGGCUAGCGGCUAGCCAGGCGUUGAGGCACAAGCACGAGCAUCUGGAGGCAAUUACACACCUGGCGCACCAGUUUGGCGGCAAGGUAUUGGAUAUUAGCACCAACAACUGCAUUGUGGAGGUGUCCGCCAAACCCUCGAGGAUCGACUCGUUCAUGAAGCUCAUUGCUCCCUUCGGUAUCCUUGAGUCGACAAGAACCGGCCUCAUGGCGCUGCCUCGCUCUCCCCUGUAUUCGCCUGCCGAAGAGCUUCUACGGGAGGCUGACGAGAUUGUUGAUGUCAGCACUCUGCCUCCUGGCUAG